GGACUCUCGCGCCCAAAGGUCGCCAACCUGGACUUUGAAGCCCGCAUACCCGUUCCCUUCAGCAUCUUCCCCUCUACCUACAAAGAGGCUGAAAAGGUCGAGACCACCACUCAGACCCAUCAAGAGGUCGAGAUCAAGCUCCCCGAGAAGAAAGCCGGACGGGAAGGUCGACACUCUUCAUACUCUGCCCCCCUGCCUCCUCGCGAGGAGCCACGGUUCAGCGAAGAAGAGGUUCGUAUUACACGUGAAGAGGAACAUUACCACCGUCCCGGUGUCCAUCGCGAGCACUACGAAGAACGCAGGUCACCUUCUCACUACCCCGACAGCUCUUUCACUGAGGCACACGAGUCACACGUCGAGUUUGACAACCAUCACCACGACCACUACAACGCCAUUGACAAGAUCGAACGUGAAUACCGCUCUCGAUACCAGCCGGCUUACAAGGAACAAGGCCGCGUAAUCGGAACCGUGGUCGGAAGCUCUGUUGCCCCUUCUACUUACUCUCAUCACUCUCAACACUCCCAGCACUCUCGUCCCACGUACGACGAGAAGGUUCGUAUCUCGGAAAGUAAAGUCGACACCCCCAAGGCCCUUAUUUCGUACCACAAGGACACCAAGGUCAUCCAAGAAUCUGUUGAGCCCCCUCACCACAACUCUACUCACCAGAAAUCCAAGAUGGGCUACUACGACGAAGAUGGUCACUACCACUCGUUCCGCCAUGGUCUCCAUAAAUUGGCAGACAAAGUGAUGCACCACCACCCUCCCAAACAGGAAAUCAUCGAGAUCACGGAAGUCCGGGAAACUCGUGACCCUUCUGGCCCUCCCACGUAUGUUGCUCCAUUGGCUCACACAUUCUCAGCGCCCGCCGCUCCGGUCCCCAACACGGUGACGAUCCCGUGCCACCACAUCCGCAUGGGAGACAUCCUUAUCCUCCAAGGCCGCCCUUGCCAAGUUAUCCGGAUCUCGACGUCGGCCGCCACGGGCCAGCACCGCUACCUCGGCGUCGACCUGUUCACCAAGCAGCUCCACGAAGAGUCGUCCUCGGUCUCCAACCCGGCCCCCAGCGUCGUCGUCCAAACCAUGCUCGGCCCCAUCUUCAAGCAGUACCGCGUUCUCGACAUGCAGGAUGGCAUGGUCAUUGCCAUGACCGAGACUGGCGACGUCAAGAGUGGCCUCCCCGUUAUUGACCAAUCCGGACUCUGGAACCGCCUGAACACAGCCUUCGAGUCGGGCCGUGGCAGCGUCCGCGUGCUUGUCCUUGCUGACAAUGGCCGUGAGCUCGUCGUCGACAUGAAGACGGUCCAUGGAUCUCGCCUAUAA